AAACACCACUCUCUCUGCUCUCUCUCUCUCAGAUAGGCAGCGCAGACGUGGGCAGAGUGUGGGGGUAUAGGAAGAGGAGAGAGCGGGAGGGUAGGUAGUAGUGUGUGUGAGGCUGUCAGACAGCAUGGUCUGGGUCUGAGGACAGCACUGGAAGACGCAGCAGCAGCCUCCAAGAUCUCCAUGUAGACCAGUGUGGUGACAUCCACAGAUCACCUGGACCUGUCCACCCAUCAGCACCCACCCAGGACAACACCCACCUCUUCCACAGAGGCAAGAGGAAGAAGAGGAGGAGGACGAGGGGGGUGGGUCGGUUUGUCUUAUUUUUUUUUUCUUUUCUCAGUUUUUUUGGUUUUGGGAGUAGGCUCCGGGCUGGACCGCAUGCAUGACACAACGCAAAGGCGAGAAACCCACCAUCAGCAUCCAGGAGCACAUGGCCAUUGACGUGUGCCCUGGCCCCAUCCAGCCCAUCAAGCAGAUCUCUGACUACUUCCCCCGUUACCCACGGGGCCUUCCCCCCAUUGCGCCCCACCAAGCGGGCCACGCCGGGCCCCUGUGCUCUGCCCUCUCCACCUCUUCGGCCGCCGCUUCCGCCACCGCUGCUGCCGAAAGUGACCGCCCCAAUGAGGAUAAACCAGACCGGGCUUGUGCCGGAGCCUCCGCCUCCUUACAGGCCACCAAGAGGGACGAGGAGCCAGACGUGGAGGGAUACGACUCAGAUGACUCCACUACAUUGGGGACCUUGGAAUUCAGUUUGCAGUAUGACCAGGAGAACAAUGCACUACACUGCACCAUUAACAAAGCCAAGCUUCCUGUCCCCAGAUACAAGAAGGGGCUCAAGCCGAUGGACCACAAUGGGCUUUCCGACCCCUAUGUCAAGUUGCACCUACUGCCAGGAGCCAGCAAGGCCAACAAACUUAGAACCAAGACCCUGCACAACACACUCAACCCUGUCUGGAGCGAGACCCUGACCUACUACGGCAUCACCGACGAGGAUAUGGUCCGCAAAACACUCAGGAUUUCAGUGUGUGAUGAGGACAAAUUCCGCCACAACGAGUUCAUCGGGGAAACGCGAAUCCCGCUCAAGAAGCUGAAGCCCAACCAAAUCAAAAAUUUCAACAACUGCCUGGAGAAACAGUUACCUGUCAAUAAGACAGAAGACAAGUCCCUGGAGGAGCGGGGACGCAUCAUGAUUUCUCUGAAGUACAACACCCAGAAAUCCUGCCUGGUAGUGGGCAUCAUACGCUGUGCUCACCUCGCCGCCAUGGACGCCAACGGCUUCUCCGACCCCUACGUCAAAACGUACCUGAAGCCUGACGAGAACAAAAAGUCAAAGCACAAGACUGCUGUGAAAAAGAAGACGCUCAAUCCCGAGUUCAAUGAGGAGUUCUGUUACGACAUAAAAUAUGCAGACCUCACCAAAAAGACCUUGGAGGUGACCGUGUGGGACUACGACAUCGGAAAGUCCAACGAUUUCAUUGGUGGUGUUUCUCUGGGUAUCAAUGCAAACGGAGAGAGGCUCAAACACUGGUUUGACUGCCUCAAAAAUAAGGACAAGAAAAUUGAGCGCUGGCACACGUUGACCAAUGAAUUACCUGGUUCAUUAAAUGACUGAAGACCCACAUCCUGUUGGCCCCCGUCCCCUCCCUGGCUGCACCAGAUAGGACUCCUGCCUUCAUUUUCCUACCCCCCUCCUCUUCUUCUUCUUCUCUGGAUUUUCCUCAUGUUGGCCACAGUGACCUGUGACACCUCUUCGGGAAUAUAUUUCCUCUCAACAGGGCUCAUUUUAAAAUAUCCAAAACCUUAUGUUUGUGUUCCACAGCACUCUCACAUAUACAAUAGGGGUUGUUUUUUGAACAAAAUGAAUCACGGGGAUUGUAGAGUUGAAUUUUAAGCUUCAUAAUUCUGACUUCUUGUACGAUCAGUGAAGAAAAAAGGAGCAAAUGCUUUCUAUUUAAUGAGAUAUGAGAUAUUUUACAGCAGCUAAACAAUUUACCAAUGAUUCACCGGUCCCUGUAACAGCACAAACAAAGCCUUCUUACUGUCAUCUUAGUGGUAAAAGACUGGAGAAUCCAACAAAGGAUGUAGCAAAAUUUCAUACUGUUGGAGUUUGCAGAAAUGUUUAGUGGAAUAGUUCCCAUCUUCUCAAGUAAACCACCUUUAUUCUGCUCGACAUUAAUAUUUAGUCUUGUAAAGGAGCAGUAUAAAUAAAUGAGCCACCGAUUUAUUUUUUUUCUUCUGAGUUUACUGAAGAUGUUGCACAUUAAUAUGAUUGUAAAAGUGUUGGGUAGCAUAGGUCCUGUUUUUCAGCCCCUAUUUAAGUGACUCCCACACAGCGGGCCAACUGCCAGCAGUUUGUUGUAGAAAUCUGGUGUGAACAAUGUCAUAGGAACGCAGAACCAACUUAAAAUGCAGUACAAGUUAAAGGUCCAGUGGAUAGCACGAAGGAGAAACUACGGUACCUGCAAAAAAUGCAAAAACACCCCUGUCUAGAGCCAGUGUUUGGAUUGUCCCUGCUAUUGUAGAAACUGUAGAUCCUCCUAAAUGUUACACACUGGACCUUUAAGGCCUCAGUAUGCUUCAAACAAACUAGAUUGAGCUGCCUGACAGAGACUGUCCUCCAUGAAAAACAACUUCAUCAGUCAUUUCAGUAUGCUAUCUUCAAAGACCUCUAGCAGCUACAGGAAUUGUGACUGUUGUCCAUCGAGAGCAAAGACGAUAAUAGUAAGUCCGCAGAUAGAUCUUUACCACCAUCAGUGAACCGGCUCAAGGUUCAAGCUCCUAGGUUUGGACCGUUCGAAGCAUUUCGACCAAAAAUAAAUCGGUUCGGAACCUGAAAAGUUUGAACCAAAAAAUAGCAGGUUUUCCUUGGGAACCAAAUUGGGCGUGUCAUAUUGUACAUGUCGUUGUGCAAUUAAAGUGGUUUUACUGAAAACUGGUGGAAACGCAGGACGGUCCGCUCGAUAGCACCAUGGAACCGAUUCAAGAACCAGAGCUAAUUUGAUGGAAAACCACCAUGAGGGAAAAGGUCUGGGUGGUCAGCAAAAGGACCUGACAUGGGAGACAAAGCGCUGUUCACGUCUCUUUUCCCAUCAACAAUCAAUGUUGUUUCUUUAAAUCAUGAUCGUUGUCCAGAGGUGGCAAAAGUACACACAUUCUUUACUCAAGUAAAAGUACAGAUACUCAGGUAAAAGUAGAAGAACCGAUUCAACUUCUUUAAUCAAGUAAAAGUGAACAGGCUCUGAAAUGUACUCAAAGUCUAAAAGUAAGAAGUACUCUUACUGUUUCUUUCUGUUUCCGUGUUAAGUUGAAACUUCAAAUAGAGUCUCCCUCUCUUGUCUUUUUCAUCAUGCUAUGUUUGUCAUUUAUGAUAUGCACCGGUCUCGAUGUUGGGAAGCCAUGCAAUGAUGCAAAAGAUAAUAAUCGACAAUCCCUCUCAAUUGUAUUAAAAACUAAAGUAACAAGCCUGUUUUUUGUUAAGAGUAGAAAGUACAGAUAUUUGUGUAACAAUGUAGGGGGUAAAAGUGGAAACUUCUCAGAAAAAAAUAACACUUAUGUAAAGUACAGAUACCUGAAGAAAAUACUUAAGUACAGUAUUUGUACUUUGUUACUUCCCACCUCUGUCGUUCCUUAACUUUUUGUGGCCAAACCAAACCAAAUCUUAACCAUAGCAAUGUCACAGAAGAAAACUGUGUUUAUACCUGAAUGUCCACAGUUGAAUCCGAUGCUAAAACCCUGCCGUCGUAACCUCCUCCUGGCUGCAUCCUACUGCCUCCCUGAUCCAUCUCCAACAACUCUGUCACUUUUGUCUUUGUAGUCUCGACGUGAUUAAUCGUUCAAACAAUGCACACUUUCAAACGGUUGAAGGCAUUUGUGGUGUUUUACGUGGUAUUAUAAACGAAAGGUUAGAAGGUACUUGUGAGAUGAAUGGAGAAAUUCAAAUGCUGCCUUGGGAUUUCUGACUUCAAAAACUUGGUGGGUGUAUGUUGUUUCAGGAAUUGCUGAGAGGAUGAAUACAGUUCCAAAAGUUACGUUUGAGUUAUAAAUCCAUGAGUUUAAACACCAAAAGAUAGCACAGCAGCUUAUAAUAUUACAAGGAAGGAUUUUACAACUCAAGAAAAAUCUCUGCAGCAAUCAUUUUAUAAACAGGAUGUUGCGUUGCAGCUAAAGUUGAGCCUGUGUUGGCAUUCCACUGUAUCAAAGGAGUAGCCUUCCUUGCUGUUGUUUGCUUGAACUUGGCCUAAAGUGGGCAUUGUUGACCUUGUUUCCACCAUCGGAAAAGAGGGAUCUCAGGCGCUGUUAUAUCAUAUGUCAAGUACCUUGUUUGAAGCAUACUGAGGCCUUCAGUCCUCUUCCUAGUGAACUGGGUUUGUUUGGAAAGGACAAAGUACCACAACCACACCAACAACACAGGCAGUUGAUAGCCAUAAAUUCUGCUUAGAGGAUUUUAGGAUGACUGAUGCUCAUCUGUAAGCUUGCAGGAUGGCAGGUUACCAAACUUCUGCCCAAUAAACAAACGUUUGUAAUAAAAAUCAACUUUGCCUGAACUCCUCCUGAGGGCUUACAGCAAGCAUUCACGAUGUUACAAACACUGAUUCCCGGCAUGUCUCUGUAUAGACUAAUCAAUAUGAGACAAUGCCAGGUGUCAUAGCACCACCGGCUUGGAUUACUCACUGAUUCUUCAGUGCAACCCCGAAUCUAUAGAGCUGCCUAGUUUUGUGGUAAUCCUGAUGUCAAGGCUCGACAAGUGUUUUGUCCAUUCGUUACAAGUGGCUUGUUUCUUAUUUACAGUGAUAAAGCAAUGGGUAGCUAAUUCAAAUAUGCAUUCAUAAAUUGGAGAUGAGUCAUGGAUACAAGGCCACAGUGACAUUUUCAUUCAGCUGUGGUGAAUAGUAAUAUUUACAGAUUUCUUAAGAGCGACUGCUUUAAAGAACUGCACUGGGCUGCACCAGCUAUGUCAAAGUUUUCUCCAGAGUCAGGGUGUAAAGUUGACACUAGAGGCAAGUUAGUUUGUAACUAAAUCAGCUACUAAAAUUGGUUGUACCACCAUAACUUGGGACAUAACUAGUCCUAAUAAUAACUAGUCUGGACAUAUAGUCGUAAAUAAGGCAAGUGGCCAAUAAAUGAUAGAUUUCCUGUGCGUAUUGGUUUGGCAUGAGCCUCUUAGGCACUGUAGCAUAUUGCAGUAAGCUAGAUCAAUAUUGAAAUAUCAUAUCAAUAAAUUAGGUUUGUACUGGAUUACUGUGUUGUGAAAUGGCUGCAGUUCAUGAAAAGAUGAUGCUGUGUGGCAUAAGAACCAGUCAGUGAGUAUAAUUCUGUGACAUUUUAUGAUUUGCACUACCCUAGGGGCAUGUGUAACUAUAGUUGUUAUGUAUGUUAUUAUAUUGUAAGUUACAACAUAACUCUAAGUAACAACUAACCACAGAGGUAAGUUACAACUCCCCGUGGUGCAACCGCUUUUAUUUUAGUAACGCAUAAAUCACAAUUUAGUAAUAAUUUACGAUAUAACUAGGCUAAGUUUGAACUUACACACCUAAAUGGUGCAACAGGCUACCGGGUUUCACACUUCAAGGGCAAGAUUAAGUUUCUUUCAAACGGCCGUGCAGAGUGUCGGCAGAGUGAGUCAAACUGGAACCGACAGUCAGUCGGCGAGUACUGUAAGAGCAUAAUCACGUAAUAGCUGCUUUGAGUAUGUGAUUAGUCAGGAGCUGAAGAGGGUUAUGGAUAUAAAAGUAGAUCUCAUAUGCGCAGGAUGAUUUGGAUGAUCUGUGGAUAAUUUGAGCACAGAGGUGGACGCAGUCACUGCACACUGCGAUCACAUCACACAGCCUCACUCCACUGUGUGCACGUCCGUAGAGAGCCCGCUUGAUGGAGUCCAGCUGUAAUCAACCACAGAAUGACGUUCAGUGGGUGACCCGCCUGGUGGAAAUCACUUGUCCAACCACAAUACUGCAUGAUUGGGCAGCUCUAUGGUUGUGUGUGCGCAGCUUAUUGUUUACACUACAGAGUUUCUACUGAAAAAAGAAAUAAACUCACUGACGGCAUUUUCAACUGUAACAUGGCUGAAAAUGUACCUGCUGUUUGUCCAAAGGGCCGAGUUUUAAAAACGGAAAGUUUACGUCAAAUGUUUAAAAAAAAAUAAUAAUAACAAAAGCAUGUAUUGUUUACAACAGCCUAUUCUUGCUGAAGUUUGCUGCUGAAAAGCCAAACACGUCCUUAUGCUAAAGUCAGUGCGAUCGUUCAGUCGUGCAAUGCAAGCUUUGCUAAGAAAAGCCGGGGUGAGAAGGGCAGAAGUUUUACUAGACUAGCCUUGUAUGUAUAUUGUUAAUAUGUUGUUGCAUCUGUUGAGGUUUCUAUUUUUUUUUUUUUCAAUGUAAGCAGCUCCACUUUAAAUGUAUCAAACAGAAUGUACAUGUUUAACCCCUUCUAUUCCACAGUAAAUCCUCUACGAAUGUGCAGCUUAGUGCUCUGUGUUGUUGAUAUUGUUCAUAUGUCAAAUUAAAGCCUUGUAUUUGGGCACACGUAUCUGGGGAAUAGAGAUGGUUGAACUCAGAGGCCAGGAGCAAACUACCAGGGGUUAUAUCACUCAAGUCAUAUAACUAAAACUUUCCUUUGACUCCCUCUAGCCUGAUGAAUUAUUUAUGUUUUUUUUUUUUUUUCCUCCACUCAAUAUUUUAUGUUAAAGUUUGAUAUACAGUCCUGGAAACUUACCAGGACUGGAACUUGAGUUGCCCUUGUGGAUCAGUAGGCUGGGAUGCAUGCCAUGUAUUUGUGAUUUUAUGAGUUUGUAUGACCUUUUCUGCAUGCCCCCACACCCACCUUUCUUGUAAAUUUCCACCGUGCACUGACUGGUAACACAGAAACGCCAUACCAAUAGUCCUCACGUAACGUUCAGGAUUCCUGUCAGGCUUUGCAAUUCAGCUAACAGCUUUUUGUCAUUACCUCACGUCACUGUGAUAGGCCGGGCAUGUUUGUUUUUAGAAGCAUGUCGAGUCUGUCAGUGUGGCUGACCACGUUAUUCUAAUUAUUCUAACUCACUAAUUACAGCUGGUGGAUAGCGACAAACAGCCCUAAUGUCAAUUUGUUAUAUUAUUUAACCUUCUUCACCCAUAGUUUUAUUGUUGACGUAGUGUUUAGAACUUUUGCACUGCUUUCACGCCACACACCAUUAAUUUUGAAGAAAAUUUGAUUUCGACAAAUGGCAUCACACCAACCAAGCUGGGGAGUGAAAUGUUUAAUGCAUCACAUGGGCCCUCGCGUUUCCGUUUUCUUUAAGUGUUAAGAGCCUCUUCAGCCGCAAUGAUUUGUGAGGCACAAACCGGCUGUGAAACCUUGUUGGCAUCUCAAUAUACUCCUUGACACAACAGUGAUCCCUCCCUCUCUCUCUCUCUCUCUCUCUCUCUCUCUCUCUCUCUCUCUGUCUCUGAUGAAUAUGUAAUGAAUACAACCGACAUGUGAUUUUGAUUUUGUAAUCUGUCUGCCUUUGUAUGCAAGCUCAAUAUUAUGGAAAAAAAAACAAAUCUGCAUGCAUAUGUUCUUGGUUUUGUCAUGAGAUGACUUUGCCUAAUGUUUGAUACUGUUUUCUGUAUAAAAAAAAACUAACUACACGACUGUGGAUGCUCUAAGAUUAUGCUAUAAGUCAGUCUUUUCUUCUCGACAACAUUUUGUACCUUUGAACACUAUCGCAUUGCCUGUUUGGCUGCUGUAUUGACUAUCUGGAAGCGUGACUUGAUGUGAAUUAAAAUCUCUCCUUUGUUGUUUUGUUUCCUUUUUAACACUCAGGCACUUGUUUGCAUUAUUCUGGUUUGUUGAAUGUAUGACUAUAAAUGCAUUGUCUCAAAUUAUAUUUUAGUCCUACGCCAAA